CUGUCUUUCUUAUUUUCUCAUUCUCUAUUUCCUCCCCGGCUUUGGGAUUCUUCUUCGGGGAUUCACUUUGCUUUCUCCCGGGCUCCAAUUCUCCCUCGAGUCCGUCCCGUUCGGUUGUUUAUUGCUUGUCUUUCCCCACGUAGGUCCGUUUAAUUAUGGCCGCUGCUGUCAAGUCCGAGGGGGCUUCCGAACCCAAAGUCAGGCCGACCAAGCCUGAUGAGGAGACCUUCAAGGCCAAUCUUGCCCAGGCUGAGAAGGAGCAUGCUGCUGUUCAGGAGAAAUUGAACCAAAUCAAGGCCAAGAUUGAAGCCGCGAAGCCCAACAACCAGGACUCGCCGGCCGCAAAGAGACAGCAGGAGCUUCGCGCUGAGCUGUCCUCGAUUCGUCAGAAGCAGCAGGGAUUCAAGGCCUCAAGGACCAGCACCCAGGAGAAGAUUAAUGCCCUCGAUGCGACGCUCAAGGCUCGCAUUGCCGAGCAGAACAACUCCCGCACCCGCAUGUCCUUCAAGAACGUCGAGGAGCUUGACCGUGAGAUUGCCCGUCUGGAGAAGCAAGUCGACUCCGGUACCCUGCGUCUGGUGGAUGAGAAGAAGAUCCUCGCCGAUAUUUCGAGCCUGCGCAAGCAGCGCAAGAACUUUGCCAGCCUCGAUGACGCCCAAAAGGUUAUCAACGACCUGAAGACCCAGAUUACUACCCUCAAAAAGACCCUCGACAACCCCGAGGCCAAGGCCCUGAGCGACAAGUACACGGAAAUCCAGAAGGAACUUGACGCGAUAAAGGCUGAGCAGGACAGCGCCUUCAAGAACUUGAACGCUCUGCGCGAUGAGCGCACCAAGCUCCACGCCGAGCAACAAGCCAAGUGGACUGCCAUCCGUGAGGUCAAGGACAACUAUUACAAGGCUCGCAAGGCUUACAAGGAGUACGAGGAUGAAGCUUGGAGAAUCCGUCGGGAGAAGCAAAAGGCCCAGCGUGAGGCUUUCGAGCGGGAGAAGAAGAGGAAGAUUGCCGACAAGAAGCUGGAGGAGGCCUCUCGCCCUGCUUACACCGACGAGAUCCUCGUCGCGCAGGGUCUUAUCCGUCACUUUAACCCCUCUUACGACUUUGCUGCUCUUGGUCUUAGCGACAAGAAGGACCAAGCCUCCGGCUUCCGUGCCGAAGUUGGCCGUACCGUGGAUGACUCUGGCAUGAAGGGCAUGAAGGUCCUCAAGAAGGAGGAAGACGACUACUUCGUCGGAACCGGUGGAAAGAAGAGCAAGAAGGGCAAGAAGGGCAGCGCCAACGGCAGCCCUGCGCCGUCCAACCUUGCCGAGACUAAGUUCAAUAUGAACGUCGGUAUCAUCGAGGACUUUGCCAAGGUCAAGAUCGAUCCUCCCAUGAACCAGUCCGACGUUCCGGCUGUGGUUGAGAAGCUCGCGGCCAAGAUCACCGAAUGGAAGAAGGACCAGGCCGCCAAGACUCAAGAGAAUAUCAACAAAGCCAAGGAAGAGAUUGCCCGCCUUGACGCGGAAGAGAGCACGGCCACCGAGACCAAUGGCAAGGCCAGCGAGAAGGAUGCGACUGCUGAGGUGGCCGAUGACCUCAACAAGGCCUCACUGGAGGAGAAGGCCUAAACCGUUGCUGAUAGAACUGCAUACAUAAGCUUUGCAUGAGCGGAUACCUCCUCUUGUUACGUUAACUUGCGGAUCCUCCAAAAGUCUAGCAUUCCUACAACUUUUCCCCCUGCGCUUAUCGUCAUCCACCAUACACCAUCCAUCCGCCAUCUCUCCUACCUAUCAUCUUCCUCAUUUCUACUGUGCCCUUUUGUUAUGAUGAUGCUCUCCCGGCAUUGGUUCUUCCUGUUAUUAUAUUCCUCUUUGUAAUUGACCUCACCUCUUUCUCUCCUCGGAAGAGAAAUCGUGCAGGAAGCGAGGCUUUGAGCGAGUUGUACGUUUUGAUCUGAGUUGGAAACAAGAAGCGGUUGUAUUUCAUCUUCGAAAUAUCAUAUUGCCGAAA